UUUCUUCGUUUUGUUUUUAAUUGAGUACAAAAUUCAAUAUCACAAAAAAUUAAAAUGAGCGAAUUCGUCCUUUUUUUUGUUAUCGCACUGAAAUUGAUUUAGAGUUAUUAUUGUUAUUGGUGUGUGGUUGAAGUGAAAUAACACAACAACAAAGUUGAGUGGAGAAAAAAAAGUUAAAAUGUCUUGUUGAAAACAAAUCUUCUCUAUGUUACAUAUAUAUAUGGACUGUGUGUAUUGAAAACGCUUGGCACUUAGCAUUUCAAUCAAAUUCAGCGAGGAAUAUGAAAAAAAUCGAAAUAGUCAACAAAAAAUCGGCUCUCGUUCGAUCUCUGUAGUAAAAUAUUGUAUGUGCAAUGUUGACUGAAUGAAUGGGGCCUUCCUUCAACUUGAUGCCUUUUGAUGAUAAACCGAUUUUUACAAAAACGACAAAAUAAAAAAAAACACAUCACAUUUGAAAAUUUGUUUAGAAAAUUUAUUAAAAUAUAUCGAGUGAAAUCUUAAAAGUUCAAAUGAUUAAUUGUUAAAUUUGAUGGUUUGAUGAAUAAAAGAAAUGAAACAGCUUUAAAUAAAGCGAUGAAGAUGAAAUUUGAAGGUUUAGUGAAGGUGAAAAGUAUAUAUGGUUAAUAUAAAUUAGUACAUGUAGACGACGCGCUCGCGCGCUUGAUAUUGAGAUAUUGUGGAAUGAGUCAAUCGACAAAGAAGCCAAUUAAAGAUUUUGGUGAAUAUGAAUGCGGUAAUGGGCCAAGACCCCCUGUACCUGGUGAAGAAAGUCAAAUGUCGAAGAUGACCACCGAAAGUGCUUCACACAGCACAUCUAGUUCAAAUUCAAAUCGAUCGCCUGAUUUGGAUGGCGCAUCCACAACGCGCAUUGAAAAAUGGCAAGAAAGUUUAUCGGGUUUGAUGAACGAUCAAGAGGGGCGCAAUUUACUAUACCAAUUUGUAGAGCAAGAAGCUGGCAAAAAUUCACUCGAUUACACGAGGCUGGUAUUUUAUUUUGCUGUCGACGGUCUAAAACUACAUGCUGACAAAAAAAUAAUUCGUAAACUAAUAAAACACCUGAGUGAGAUGAUACAGGGUAAAAUUCCAACGUCACCUGAGCUUCAAAAAACCAUCUCCGAUAUUAUUAGAAAAGAGAGUACACCAAAUCCACAUGUUUUCGAUGAUUUACAAAAAACAGUAGCAGACAUGAUUGCUACAACAACUUAUCGAGCAUUUCUGCAAUCAGACAUGUUUAUUCAGUAUGUGCAUAAUAAGGAAUUUGAAAAACCAACAAUUGCCAAUGCAAAUCAACCAAAUUACACUAGCAAUGUUGCGUCGGCAAGCAACAGCAGCAGUAGCAACAGUACCGCAACUGCUUCUAUGACAUCCAGCACUACCGACAGUGCGGCGACUUUCAGUGGAAUGACCGUUGAACUAUCACCAUUGUUAACGACACCAACGUUACAAACAUUACACGAAGAUACCGAACUUAAGUUAAGCCAAUCUACUUCAACAAAAACAACGACUGAUCGACCUAUGCCAAAGCUAACAAGUGAAAAUUUGUUAGCCACGGAAAGAAGAAGACUGGAGAUUAGACCACAAGGUUCGCUCUUUGCAUAUAAAAAUGCACCACUUAAUGUGUCUUACAAUCCAGUAUCGCGACAAGAUUCUGAACGUCAGAGUUGUAGUUCAGCUAGUUUGACCGACUCUGAAAUGAAUUCAAAAGACGGAAAGCCAUAUAUACAUCGAAAGCCAAUGCAACACGAAGAUUUCCGAAAAUAUGUGAAUCCACAGUCGCAAAAAGUUGCCCUUAAACCUCUAUCACAUGGCAUGAAAGAAACCGUCGGACCACCAUCAAAAUCAAGACUUGAACAAGCAGCACAUAAAUUAGAUACAUCUUUACUGUGUGAAAAAUUAAAUAAACUGAAACGUGACCAAGAGAGAGAGUGCCAGCAAUUAACACAGCAUGUGAAUAAAAAAUUAACAGCGCAACCCCGACUAUUUUCUGCUGUGGAAGAAGAUGAUCAAUCGAUUUUGGAUCACCAUGUUUCGAUGGUUUUUUCACCAAUUAUGUCACCGGGUACUAGUUCUCCUGGGAAUCUGCACAGAUCAAUGCAUGAUUUCGCAACUCAUCAACACAUGCGACCAUCGAGAUCAAUGGAACAUACUUCAACCAUAGCUAUGCUCGGUAGUACAACAACAACGAUAAAAUUAUCUCACAAGUGGCCUUCAACAAGCGUUAAUCAUAAUAGUGGAAUCGAUAGUUUAUAUGCAGCCAGUUCGCCAUACAAAUUAAAGGAAAUGAAGUCAACUGAACAAUUGUCUAGUGAGACAAUGUGUAAAUCAUCUAAGGAUGAUUUGAAACGAACGCGAAAACAAAUGCCGAUACUACCAAACCACUAUCAUCAAACAAAUUAUAUGCCGGCAACAUCGAGCCAUCACACCAACUCAUUACCCCGAAACACGAGUCGAAUGCACGAACCAAUUGAGGAUUACACAAUUGCUGUUUAUACAUUUAGCGAUGAGGAUAUACCAUAUCGAAUAAAAAUACAGGGCAAACGAUUAACCCUUAAGCAUUUCAAGGAAUGUUUACCGAAGAAGGGAAAUUUCAGAUAUUACUUCCAAACGCAUUGUGAGACAUUGAAACAAAUCGUUCAAGAGGAAGUGGUUAACGAUUAUGAUCCGUUGCCGUUGCUUGAAGGCCGGAUAAUGGGAACCAUCAAAUCCGACAAUUAACCAAUCAUUUACAAUUUUUCUAGACCAACGUAAACAUACACAUAUUUGAAGUCUUUCGUUGCAUUAAACACAAUAACAAAUGAAACGCCGAUUAAAAACCAACGUUUUAUAUUCACCAUAAAAAAUCGACUGCUCCAAUAUUAUAAUUUUUUAACAUUUAAAUUAUUCUAAGUACCAUGCAGUAGGCGUAUAAGAUUCGAAUUGGGUGAAAUCUCUUAAACGUUUUAUCACAUGUUAUUAUAUGAUUUAACGAAAACAGAUUAUCUAUCAACCAUGUGAUAGAACAUUUUGUUUGUGGAUUAAACUUCGAUUGAGAGAGACACACACAUAUAUAUAUAUAUAUAAGGAGAAAUCAGUUAAGUCGCAUAAAAUAAUUUUCCUUAUUUGCUUCCAUGAACCCAGCCAGUAUCUAACAACCGGUGUGUUUUAAUUUUUUUGAAGUUUACAUAUAUUAUUUUAUUUUAAACGAACAACGACGAUUUAGAUGAAAUAUAUUAUUGCCCAUUUUAUAUCGAUUGUUGAACGUGUUCAUAACCAGAAUAUUUGGAAAGUCGAACACUCAGUACAAAAUGAGUUGUUUCGACAUCAAAUUAUUACGAUUAAAUCCUUUUUUUUGGGUUUUCAUUUUUAUUUUUAAAUGUAGACAAACAAAUUACAGUUAAUAAUAUAUAGAUUUCAAGUGGAAAUCUUAUUGACGCCGCAA